GUCUGACAUGUGGUGUACAGGUAACACAAAAUCAGGUGACAGUUAACCUGAGUACUGUCCUGAAAUGACAACAACUCCCCUGAUUCACCGAGAAAGGGGUCUGACCAUCCCGUCCACCGCUGUAUUCAUUGCAGGAGAAAUCGCCGGAACAGGCAUAUUAGCUUUACCCAGAGCUGUGGAAGACACAGGAUGGGCGGGGCUGAUACUAAUUGUACUCUGUGCAGUCCUCUCAGCAUAUACCGGGAUAAUCCUUGGUGAGGCCUGGACAUUAGCAGCGGAACUGUUCGAGGAUUGUAAGGGACAUGUACAGAACCCUUAUCAAAUACUCGGACAGAAAACAUAUGGCAAAGCUGGCAGGUAUGCUGUUUCUAUAUGUCUCCACAUCACCAUGUUUGGGGGAGCCGUCGUGUUUCUCCUCCUUGCCGCCGAAAACAUGGAGACAUUAGUAAAGGCCCUGGGACACGACAUCUCCUUCUGUUUCUGGCUAUUGAUGAUCGCCGGAUUCUUGGUUCCUUUUACCUGGUUCGGAACGCCAAAAGAUUUCUGGUUGAUUGCUUAUGGAGCUACAAUAGCCACGGCGUCAGCUGCGGUCAUCAUAGUGGUCAGUAUUAGCCUGGAUGCCCCCAAACAAAUUUCCACUCAACAUCAGAAGGCGGACUUUAAGAAGAUUGCAUUAGCACUUGGGACGAUAGUAUUUGCUCUGGGAGGCCAUCCAGCUUUCCCAACCUUUCAAAUGGACAUGAAGCGACAAAAGGAUUUCAAAAAGGCAGUCUCUUGUGGAUUUAUCAUCGUGAGUCUUCUUUACAUACCAGUGACUUCUGCUGGGUAUUUUGUGUACGGAAAGUCCCUAAAUGACAACAUUUUAACCAAUCUACCAACUGGAGGACUGUCGAACGCUGUUCUAUUGUUGGUCACCAUUCAUCUUUUGUUAGCCAUUGUCAUAGUGGUUAGUCCAGUUAUGCAGGAGGUCGAAAUGGUACUUCAUGUACCCAGAGGAUUUACAUGGAAAAGAUGCGUAACCAGGACACUUGUGGUCGCUUGCAUAUUGUUUAUGGCUGAGACUGUUCCGAAAUUCAACUCCCUCUUGUCUUUGAUCGGCGGUUCUUCAUUGACAAUGCUAGAUUUCAUCUGCCCUAUAUUAUUUCAUAUGAAAAUGCAUCAAUUGAAAGCGGAGGCUGAUAAGCCAGCAACCCAAAAUAAAACUUUAGAGACAGUACAGGCUUCGUGGGAUGAACAAACAAAUCACAUACCUCUGUGGAGGAAGGUACUCAACUACGAGAUCCUGGCUAUAGGUGUUCUGGCCGGAGUGGCUGCCUCAGUAUCCGCCAUUAUCAACAUCGUCAGUCCUGACUCAUUCUCCACGCCCUGUUACGUCAACAUUAGUAGGGCAGCGACAUAAUCGUCGUAGAAGAUCCACCAUAGAAAACUGGACAAAAACUUUGUAUACGUUGUAUAACACGGAACUUGUCAGAAUGAAAAGAAGAUGAUCAAUAUUCUGUCCACUGAUUUUUCUGCAUCAUGUCAGCUGAGGUAGUUAAUAAAUUGCGUUUCCAUUGUAAAGCUUACCAAAAGGAACAGAAUCCAAUUAAUCAACGUUAAGAGAACAGCCCAAUUUUAUCUAGUACAUUUCAGAAAGCAUUGCUUCUAUACGCAUUAACAUCAAAGUGCCUCAGAGCAGAGAAACUAGCAUAAGAUUGGAUUGAUCAUGAAAAGUCAAAGAUGGCAAAAGGAGUGUAAAUUAUAAUGAUAUAAUUGUGUGAUAUCCUUUUAUGUUAUUUGAUACACAAUAUUUAUCAGUGUCACCAUAUAUUGCUCUGCCAGUGUAUUCAGUAUAGGACACACGGAACCUCAAUGUUGUUA